GUAGGUUUGCGAUUUCCAUCAUGCUUCUAUUUACCUCGUGAAAUUGAAGAUUUAUGCAGAAAAAAAUCCAAAACAGUACUUUGAACCGUCCCAUACACUAUCCAACAGGAUAGCAUUUCCCCUGCAUUGUUAUUGUUUUCAUCGAUAUUCUUAAGAACUGAUUCACUAUUUCAGGAUCAGCGAUAUUGUCUGUUAGGGUUUCAAUUCUCAAAAUUUGCUUGAUCGAACAGUAAUCAUCGAUGAAGGGGGAAGUGCAGCUUCAGCCUCCACCGGUCCUGCAAAACCCUAGUGAUACCGACCCUUUGCUACAUGAUCAGGAGGUGGACGAGUCACCGGGAAGUUCUGGUGUGAUCAAGGAUGAGGAAGACAUCGAGGCUGGCUCACUCCCCUGUUGUCGAAUUUGUCUCGAAAGCGAUUCCGACCCAGAGGAUGAAUUGAUAUCUCCAUGCAUGUGCAAAGGGACCCAACAGUUUGUCCAUCGUUCAUGUCUUGAUCACUGGCGCUCAGUAAAGGAAGGGUUUGCCUUCUCACACUGCACCACAUGCAAAGCCCAAUUUCAUCUUAGAGUUGAAUUGUUUGAGGACAACUCUUGGCGUAAAAUAAAAUUCAGACUUUUUGUGGCAAGGGAUGUUUUCCUUGUUUUUCUGGCUGUACAAACUGUGAUUGCAGCUAUUGGUGGCUUUGCGUACAUCAUGGACAAAGAUGGUUCCUUCAGGAACUCAUUUGAUGAUGGCUGGGAUAGAAUACUGUCAAAGCAUCCAAUUCCAUUUUAUUAUUGUAUUGGAGUGCUGGCCUUCUUUGUACUGAUUGGGUUCUUUGGUCUCAUACUGCAUUGCUCCGCUCUCAAUUCCAAUGACCCCAGAAUGGCUGGUUGUCAGAAUUGUUGUUAUGGAUGGGGCAUUUUGGAUUGCUUUCCCGCAUCAAUGGAGGCAUGCUUUGCCCUUGUGGUUGUUUUCGUUGUCAUCUUUGCAAUUCUUGGUAUAGCUUAUGGUUUUCUUGCUGCCACCAUGGCCAUUCAAAGAAUUUGGCAGAGGCACUACCAUAUCCUCACCAAGAGGGAGCUUACAAAGGAAUAUAUUGUAGAGGAUCUUCGCGGCUGUUACUUCCCACCAAAGUUGGAUCCAGAACAUGAAGGUCGUUUGAAAAUGCUUAAGCUCUUGUGAUUACGGAGCACGUAACUGUAAAAAUGUUUUGAAUGAUUCAAGUUGUCGCUUUAUUUGAACUGUUACAGUCUCAUGCUUACCAACCGUGUUUGCUAGUGCUUUUAAAUGGUUUAUAUCAUCGUUUUUUUUUUUUUUUUUUUUAAAUCUGUAUACUGCAAAUCUAACUGACUUGAAAAAUGAUGAAAAUAUAUAUGCAGAUAUUUGUCCAUGCA